AUGGUGCUGCUUAUUCAAAUACCGCGGCUGCCAUGGUGCUGCUUAUUCAAAUACCGCGGCUGCUAUGGUGCUGCUUAUUCAAAUACCGCGGCUGCUAUGGUGCUGCUUAUUCAAAUACCUCGGCUCCUGCGAGGCUGCUUAUUCAAAUACCGUGGCUGCUAUGGAGCUGCUUAUUCAAAUACCGCGGCUGCUAUGGGGCUGCUUAUUCAAAUACCGCGGCUGCUAUGGUGCUGCUUAUUCAAAUACCGCGGCUGCCAUGGAGCUGCUUAUUCAAAUACCGCGGCUGCCAUGGAGCUGCUUAUUCAAAUACCGCGGCUUCCAUGGAGCUGCUUAUUGAAAUACCGCGGCUGCUAUGGUGCUGCUUAUUCAAAUACCGCGGUUGCCAUGGUGCUGCUUAUUCAAAUACCGCUGCCGCUGGCGGGAGCUGUUAUCAAAUGUCAUGCUGCUGGUGCUGCUUAUUCAAAUACCGCGGCUGCUAUGGUGCUGCUUAUUCAAAUACCGCCGCUGCCAUGGUGCUGCUUAUUCAAAUACCGCGGCUGCUAUGGUGCUGCUUAUUCAAAUACCGCGGCUGCUAUGGUGCUGCUUAUUCAAAUACCGCGGCUGCUAUGGUGCUGCUUAUUCAAAUACCGCGGCUGCUAUGGUGCUGCUUAUUCAAAUACCGCGGCUGCUAUGGAGCUGCUUAUUCAAAUACCUUGGCUGCUAUGGAGCUGCUUAUUCAAAUACCUUGGCUGCUAUGGGGCUGCUUAUUCAAAUACCGCGGCUGCUAUGGUGCUGCUUAUUCAAUACCGCGGCUGCUAUGUGCUGCUUAUUCAAAUACCGAGGCUGCUAUGGGGCUGCUUAUUAAAAUACCGCGGCUGCCAUGGUGCUGCUUAUUCAAAUACCGCGGCUGCUAUGGUGCUGCUUAUUCAAAUACCGCGGCUGCCAUGGUGCUGCUUAUUCAAAUACAGUGGCUUCCAUGGUGCUGCUUAUUGA